AUGCCAUUAGUACGUGUUCUUAUUCUCAUUGCUCUUCUGACAAUAACAAUAAGCAAUAGUUUUCCAAAUGCAUAUCUAUCUUCUUUUAACGAAGAUCCAUUAACAAUUGCUCUUAAAUCAAAUGUUGUACGCAGAGAUGAUUUCGAUCCAUAUGGUUUCAAUUCAAUUUUAAGUAGAUUUAGUAGGCAUUCAAAUCUGUACGGCAUUGAAAACAACAACAAAUAUUUUUCCGAUGAAUUUAAUUUUGUUUAA